AUGUUGGCGCUGCUGCAGUGCGCAGAGACAGACACAGACCUGCGUGGGCCGGCUAGCCGCAUUUGCUUCGACCUGCUGCACAUGAACAGCAGCAGCAGCAGCAGCAGCAGCUACAGCACCAGCUGCAGCGGCUGCAGCAACAGCACUAGCAUCUCCAACAGCACCACCAACACCAGCACUAGUAGCAGCAGCAGCAGCAGCAACAGCAGUAGCUGCUGCAGCAGCAGUAGCAGCAGCAGCAGCGGCUGCUGCUGCAGCAGCAGCAUCAUUGGCUACGGCAGUUUCAGUCUGCAGGAGCCGUUUCUUAGAUCUGUUGCUGCAGCAGCAGAAGAUCAUUGCUUGCGUCUCCUCAGGGAGAGAGCGCGAAUAUGGGUAGAGGUGGGACUUGCAGAGCUGCCUGAGGACUGCCCUCUACGGGUCCCUUUGGAAGCCUGUCCCAGAGGAGACGACCCCACAGGAGACGAUCCCAGAGGAGACGAUCCCAGAGGAGACGAUCCCACAGGAGACGAUCCCGAUCCCGGCGUGCAUGCGUUAAGAGACCUUGUAGUGUUUCCUCAGCCACCUGUGGGGUCCUGUUCCUUUACAGCAAAUGCUGAAGCUGCUGCUGCUGCCUCAAUGGCUGCUACUGCAGUUGCUGCUGCUGCUGCUAAGGGCGUUGCUGCCGCUGGUGGUGUACUUGGGGAUGUGGGGUACGACAGCAACAGCAGCAGCAGCAGCAGCAGCAGGAAGGGACAUGAGUACGAGUACAGCUUCCGCGACAUUCCUAAUAUGUUAUCAGGAGGCGACCUCGAUGGAGACAGGUUCUGGGUACUGUGGGAGGAGUCUCUUGUGCUGCCGCUGCUGCAGCUGUGGGCUCAGGGAAAGGCCCCUGCUCCUGCUGCAGCGCAUGCACCAGCAGCAGCAGCAAACACAAACAGCAACAAGUACUACAGCAGCAGCAGCAGCAGCAGCUUUUGCGGUAGCAGCAGCAGCAGCAGCUGGAGCAGCAGCGAAGACGAAUCUGAAUGGGACACUGAAAAGAAAUCGGCAGCUCCAGCAGCAGCAGCAGCUGUUGUUGCUGCUGAAGCAGCAACAGCAACAACAGCAACGGCAGCAACAGCAGGAGUAGCAACAGGCAAUGCCCAGGACAUGGCUGAAGAGGGCAAUGGAAAAGAAAUAGCAGCACCAGCAGCAGCAACAGCAGCAGCAACAGCAGCAGCAACAGCAGCAGCAACAGCAGCAGCAACAGCAGCAGCAGAGCUAAAAGAGAUAGCAUUAGACUUCCCACCGGAAGCAACAAUAGCACAAAACACAAAUGAGACAGCAGCACAGCAAGCAGCAGUAGCAGAGACAACAGCAACAGCAGCAGCAGCAGGGGAGACAACACAGGAAGGAACAGCAACGGGUGAUGCAGCAGCGCAGCAGGCUGCAGCAGCAGCAGCGGAAUCAUCGCAGCAAGCAGCAGCAGAAGAGACAACAGCAUUAGCAGCAGUAGGAGAGAAAGCAGCACAACAAACAGCAGCAGCAGCAGCGGAACAAGCAGCAGCAACAGCAGCAACGGGAGAGACAACAGCAACAGCAGCAGCAGCAGCAGCAGACGAAACAUUGCUACAACCAUCCGCAGCAACAGCAGCAGCAGCAGGAGAGACAGCACUAGCAAGGCAAAACGCGCCAGCAGCAGCACGUGACGCAGCAUCAGCAUCAGCAGCAGCAGCAUCAGCAGCAGCAGCAGCAGCAGAGGUGAAGAGACUGUCUCGUUAUUUGCUGCGGCUAGCUGAUCUUGCUGCUGCUGCUGUUGAUGCUCCCAAGACAGGGCAGCAUGUGCUGCUGAAGCAGCACAUGCGCUGUCUCCUUGAGCCCCACUUCCUUGCUGCAACCUCUCGCAAGCAGCAGCAGCAGCAGCAGCAGCUCUUUGCUGCUCCUUAUAAGCAGCAACAGCUAAAACCUGUUGUCUCCAACUCUAUCCUGGGCUGUCUCUACAACAAACUGCUGCUGCCUCUUAGUGUCUCCCGAAAUGCACAGAACAAGCUAAACAAUAUAAAUGCAUAUCAAGGCUGGCCCCUGUCUCGCCUAUUUUCUCCUUUGGGUCUGAAGGCAGUGUGCAGCGGUGUUGAGUGCACUGAUGAAGUUGUGUCUCCUUAUCUAAAAGGAGACAGACGCAUUUACUGUCUCCAAGCUGAGGUGCUGCUGCCGCAUACACUCGUUGCUGGGGGCCCCACACCCCCUGGAUACGAUCCCAGGGGGGCCCCACAUGCUGUCCUCACGGCUUUGCGCUUCUCUGCACUCAACUGCCCAACCUGCAGCCAACCCCGCAGCAGCAGCAGCAGCAGCAGCAGUGAUUUGAGCAACAACUGCUGGAGGGGAGGUUGCAGCAGCAGCAGCAGGGUGGUGUCUGCGUGUCCCUUUGCAGUGGAGUGCUUGCUGCCUGAUACAGGAGAGGUGUUUUUAAGUGCUCCAGUCUUUGCUGCUCCUCUCGUGCUGCCGCAGCAGCAGCUGUGGGGCCCCGAAGGCCCUGCGAGACUGCUGGCUGCAAUUAAUGAAGAGCUGCUGUCUGUCUUGCCUUCCUCUCUGUCUCCUCCGCCUUUGCUGCAGCAGCUGUCUCUGCUGCCGAGCAGCAGCAACCAGCAGCACGCCAUUUAUAGGGCAGCAUUGGGGACUAGCAGCAGCAGCAGCAGCAGCAGCAGCAACAGCAGCAGCACUAGCAGCAGCAGCAGCAGCAACGGGGGCGCCUCUCAGGUUUUGUCUUUGCUGUUUGAACGGGGUGUAUAUUCUUCUUGCUGCGCUGUCUCUUCUUUAGGAGACAGUGAAGAGCCUCUCGCGCUGCUGUCUCCUUCACCGCACUCUGUUGUGUGGGGAGACUGGCUGGCAGCACCUUGGCUUAGGGAGCUGCAGCAGCAGCACGUGCUGCUGCUGCGCUGCAUUGUCGUCAGCCCUCUCAGCAGCAGCAGCAGCAGCAGCAGCGGUGGAAGCUUUAGCAGCAUUUACAGCAAACAGAACAGCAGCAGCAACAACACACGUAAUACACAAACCAGCAGCAACGUAAACAGCCCCCAACACGCUCCCAGCAGCUGCAGCAGAGAUGCUGCUGCACCGCACAGCAGCAGCAGCAACAGCAGCAGCAGCAGCAGCAAUAACCGGCAUAGAAAGAAGCAACUGGGGUUGUGGGAAGAGGCGGAGGCGACUUUGCUGCUGCAGCAGCAACUGAGUCGUUUGCUGCAUGCAGCAGCAGCAGCAAAAGAAGAUGAAGCGCUGCUGCUGCACCCGUACUUGAGGCCCCGUGUAGAUAUACAGAGGUCUCCAACUGCUGCUGUCUAUACACUCGAGAGGCGCAGCAACAGCGGCACUCAGCUCUUCGUUGUCUUAGAUCGUCCCCUUACGGGUGUCUGUUUGCGUCUGUUCCUGCUGGAGUUGCUGCAGCGCAGCAGCAGCAAAGCAAAGGAGACAGCUGAGACUUUCUUUAAGGGUGUGGGGUUUUGUCUCCAUCUGCCGCAGCUACCCUCCCUGGGAUCGUCUCUAAACUCGAUCCCAGCAGUUGCACAGAGCCCCCUUGACGCCCUCGGAGCAAAGCUGCUACUGCAGCACCAUUGGAGACACAGGAGACACUUGCUGCUGCGUAUACACCCCAGACAGCAGCAGCAGCAGCAACAGCAGCAGCAGCAGCAGCAGCAGCAAGGGCUGCGGAGGGGUUUGGAGACAGCUGUUAUAGAGUUUCUGCAGCAAGCGAAGGCCUCUAUGGUUUUGUCUCCCCACGAGGAGACACCAGAACCGAGAGAUAUGCUGUGCUGCAGCAGCAGCAGCAGAAGCAGAAACAGCAGCAGCAGCAGCAACAGUAAGGUCUCCUCAUACAGGGCCAGCGACUUAGCUGCUUUUGUCUCCUCAGAGAUAUCCCCGCCAGCAGCAUCCGCUGCUCUGCUGCUGCCUGCUGCUGCCUGCUUCUGCACGACGGCGCUUUUGGUGUUUAGCAGCGCCUGUGAAUGCUCUGCCUUUUUGCAGCAGCAUCAGCAGCAGCAGCAACAGCAGCAGCAGCAGCAGCAGCAGGUGCUUGCAGGGGCCCCCACUAGCAGCUAUGCUUUCUUUCUUUUAAGACCCCCCAUCCCCUGCAGCGCUGCGCUGAACUCUUCUACGCCGCACAUCCCUUGGGUUAUCAGACAGCAUGUAAAGCAAAUGCAGCAGCAAGUCCAUCAAGGUCAGGUUCCUGCUGCUGCUGCUUCUGCUGCUGCUCCUGCUGUUGCUCUUUCUGCUCCUGCUGCUCCUGCUGCUGCUCUUUCUGCUCCUGCUGCUGCGGCUCGUGCUGAUGCUGGUGGUGCUGCUGCUGCUCCUGGUGCUGCUGUCUGUGCUGCUAUGGCUGCUGGCGAUGCUUCUGCUGCUGCUGCUGCUGCUGCUGCCUCUGGUGACUCUGCUGCUGGGAUUACUGCUGGUGGCCUUGCUGCAGCUGCAGCAAUUGGAACUGUCGCUGCUGCUGCUGUUGCUGCUGCUGCGGAUCCAUGCCCGCACAGGGAGUCCCUCAGGGCUGCGGUGAUGGCUUUGCCUGCAGAGGAGACAAAGGAGACCCUUUGUUCAGGCGGUGUACAUACACCUGAAAAAGAGGAGACACCAUCUGCUGCUGCUGCUGCUGCUGCUGCUGCUGGUGUUGCUGCUGCUGGUGCACGUCUUCACCCUCCUCCUCCUAUGCAUCUGCAAGCAAAGGGCUUCCGCAGCAAAGCCAGCAUCUUCUCUCUCCUAAAGCAUCUGUACAAGGGGGCUCUGCCCCCUUUGCUGGUCGAAGAGGGCCCCCAGGGGGCCCCCUGGGGAGAGGGUACAGGGGCCCCCUGGGGAGAGGGUACAGGGGCCCCCUGGGGGCCCCCCCUUUGGGAGGGUACAGAGGCUCCCUGGGGGCCCCCCUCCGGUGGGUGUACAGGGGCCCCUUGGGGGGCCCCCUCAAAGGAGGGUACAGGGGCCCCCUGGGGGCCCCUAUUGGGACAGGGUACAGGGGCCCCCUUGGGGGCCCCAUCAAAAGAGGGUACAGGGGCCCCUUGGGGGGCCCCUUCGAGAGAGGGUAUAGGGGCCCCCCUAGGGGCCCCUUCAGGAGAGGGUAGGGGGCCCCCCUGGUGUAUGGGUAAGGGGGGCCCGUACUGGGUUGAGGGUAGGGGGGCCCCCUUAGGGGCCCCCUCUAUUGAUUGGGUGCCUGAUGAUGAUGUGCUGAGGUAUUCGCCUAAGCGUCUCUUAGAAUUUGGUUUAGAAGUUGCUGCGUUAAAGAAGGAGUGGGAUACGAAGCUGCUGCAGCUGCUGCAGCAGUUUGCUGCUGCUGAUGAAGCAAGUCUACUGAGCUGUUAUAAUGAGAAGACGGGGCCCUCUAGAUAUACUUUUACUUUUAUACAAGAGCAGCAUUGCAGCAGCAAGCAGCAGCAGCAGCAGCAGCAGCAGCAGCAGCAGCAACGUCGCAGCAACAAACAGCAGCAGAAGCACCGCAGCAACAAACAGCAACAACAGCAUAGCACCAAGCAGCAACAGCAGAAGCACGGCAUGCAAUUGCUGCAGCAGCAGCAGAUGCUGCACGGAAACAAGAAGCAGCAGCAGCAGCAGCGCUACAAACAGCAGCAGCAACAGCAACAGCAGCACAACCACCACUUCUUCGCAAUCCCCCUGCCUACGUAUGCUUCUUCUUCGAGUGCUGCUGCUACAGCAUAUUGCAGCAGCAGCAGCAGCAGCAACAGCAGCAGCAAUGCGGGGCUUAUUCGCGCGUUCUUCGGGCUGCAGCCAUGUGGGGUGCAGAAGCGGGGAUUUGCUGCAGCAGCAGCAGCAACAGCAGCAAAAGCAGCAGAGAAGAGACGCAAAGAGCUGCUAAAGAGAAGGCGAAACUGGCAGCCCCCACAUGUCCCUCAGCGUUAUUUGCGCGUGGAGGGCGAGUCUAUGCAGCAGAGAGAGCGGCUGCUGCGCGAAGUCGCGAUACGGGGGAAGGAAAUUCUGGAGGAGGAUGCUGCUGGUGGUGCUGCUGCCUUAGCUGAGGCCGGGGGUUUAUCUUCACGCUGCGGCUUUGUUGGAGUCUAUAAAAAUACUGAGAGAGAUUACUACAGACGCUUCUUUAGAGACAGAGACAGGGCAAUAGAUGGGAAACAUCAGGAGCUGCAGCAGCUGCAGCACGAAAAGCAGCAGCAGCUGCUGCAGCUGUCGCAUGCACGCAAAAAACGUUAUAUUCCUCCUAAAGAGUAUUGGUACUCGGGUCACCACGAACCGCCGACUGCUUUGACUGCUGCGGCGUUGGGUGCGAGGGAUUUAAAAUUUGUUUUAAUGAGAGAAGCGAGGAGAAUACGAAUGGGGGGUGCUUUUGAUUUGUCUGUUUGGGAGUCUCUUGAGGCCCGUGCUGCAGCAAUUUGCAGCUCCUCUGCUAAUGCCCUAGCGCGGCUACGCCUGAAGCACCGCAUUUGCCUCUUGGGGUUGCAGGAGAUGCUUCUUUCGUGGGGUGUGCUCCGCAACAACUUCCUUAUCAAAGCUGCGAAUUCGUUAAGCAAGUUGGAUUUGGCUUCGCAUGUGUUGGUCUCGCCGCUGCGGCUGAUCAUAGCCAAACGCAUUCCACACUUCACGGGUCAGCAGCAGCAGCAGCAACAGCAGCAGCAGCAACAGCAGCAGCAGCAGCAGCAGCAGCAGAAACAGCAGCAGCAGCAGCAGAAACAGCAGCACCAGCACUAG